UGGUGCCCUCAUCUCCACCAGAGUCGAUGCUGGACUCACGCUUGAUCAGAGAGUUGAUCAACAGGGGAGAGCGCUAUACUUUUCCAUGGCAGGAGCUUGUACACAUGGAGAGUGACUAUGCGCGGGAUUUGCUUCCCUUUCUGGCUCCUCCACCCCGUCUUCCUGAGACGACUAUUCGCCCUGUGGGGAGGAUCGAGAUUCCUCCUCAGUCUGUUCGCUAUCCAGGGCCUAUUGGUAUCACAGAGGACCAUAUUGCUGACGCGCCAGUGGGUUACAGACAGGCGCAGGAGCCUCCGCCCGAGGUCUUUGAGCCGGUGAGUUUUCUUUGAUGUAUUAUUCAUCCUUUUAACACUGUUUGUUACUGACUUUUCUUUGUUUUAUCCUCAGCCUAACCGCCCGGAGAUGAUGG